CCCGGCUGCAGGCUUUUCCUCAGCCCUUCAGAUUAGAGGAAGUUGCUCAGAUUCCUUUGCUUUCAGCCGAGGCCUGGGCUGCUUGGCAGGAAUGGAGCCAGCUUGGGAAGAAGUAUGACAAAAAGAGGGAAAAUAUGGACAUGGAAAAAACCAGAGACUUUGGUGCCCUUCGAGCAAUGUUUCAAAAUGAUUCCAGUUUUUCUAGUAUGCUCCUGGAGUCUGCAAAGAAGUCUCCUGCCAAAUUCAUUCCACAUCAAAAUACUGAUGGCCGUUCUGUAUCCUGCCCCACACCAAAACCCUUGCACCAAAAGCAAGUUCCAGAUCCUGAACAGUUAACCAAGCAGUUCAGUUACACAUCGCAGAAAUUGGAAAUCAUGCAAGUCAAGCCUGUGGUGUUCCCAAAGGUCAGGUUUCAUGAAUUGUCGGAGGUAGGGAAGAACAAAGAUAGGAAAGACUCAAACUUCUCUGUGGCCAUUUGCAAGAGGGCUUCAUCAGUGGAAAAAUUACAGAAACCACAUUCAGAAUCUUGUCUUUCUCCUCAAGAGUCUGAGAGAGCAAGCAAUUCUUUUCGCAACACACUGCACAUUUGGGAAAGUGCUUUAACACAAGGUGACCAGAAAUGUAGUGCAACACCACCACAGUGUACAAACAGGACAACUUCUCUUUCACACCCACAAAUUAUUAAUGUUGCUAUUUUGACAGAGGACAAAGCAAAAAUGGCUGAACAUAAGCAAGGGAUGGUCCUUGAUGAGUCAAAGCCUCCAUCCCAUCUACAUAGUGAACCUGUUCCACUUCCUACAACUUCACCUCCAGUUCCUCCAAGAAGUCAUACAAGCCUAGGAAAAGUGGUUGCUGGUUUUUCUCCAAGUAGUUUGAACAAUUUGAACAGGCUAAGCAAGGUCUCAAAUGAAAGACAACAUGAUGGUGAAGAUGCCAGGCUUCCAAAAAUCAAACUUCUUCCUUCUAUCAAAGAGCUUGGUCCUCCUCCAAAGAAACCGCCAAGACCUCCCAAGGUGGAUCUUGGUGCCUUCCAUCAGAAUUUUCCAGAUGAUGCAGAUGAUGCAUACUUGACUCCUGAAAUUACUGAAAUGGAAGAUUUGAACACCUAUGAAGAAACCAUAUACUGCCAGAAACAUCAAGAGAACUGUCCUGAUUCUACUCAAUGGCCUAUACAUUCAUCCAAGCCUAUGAAAAAGGAAGAUACCAAGGUUUGCAGCCCCAGAGGUAUAUUCAUUAAACCCAGAAUCAGUGGGAGUGAGAAGAACGUGCUUCAGGAGGAAACAGAUCAGUCUUUCUCUGGAGGAGGAUUGACAAAGGAUGAAAAUUUUUCAGAUGACUAUGUAUGCCUGGAGUCCCUGAAAACAGAUGAAGGGAAAUGGAGCCCAGAUCUAAGAACUGCUAAAUUGGAGCAAGCUGCAGAGGGAGUGUAUGAUGAUGUGGAAGGAAUAGGGAGAGACCUGCAAUCCUCUGAUGCCUACAGAUCAUUUUCUUUAGAUUCCAAUGAUACCUAUGAAGAAACAUAUGAGGAUAUUCAAAGUGAAGUUCAAAGUGAAGGUUAUAAUUCAGCUAAAUCAGAAAUUUCUAGAAAAGGAAUUAUUCAUUCCAGGAAUUAUAAAAGAGAUAUCAAAAUUGAAAAGCUCAAGGGAUUUGGAAAAUUUUUCAAAGGAAAAUUCAAAAUAAACGCACACAUGAAAGAUAAUUUUCGCAAUCUUUCCCGUUCUGUACCAAACCUAGAUGUUAUGGCUCAGGAAAGCAUUAAGUAUGAUGACGUCGACCCAGAACAAAAUGAUACAAACAGCCCUUCUCCCAGAAACCUCUUUAAAAUCAAGAAAUACAUUUUAGAAAAGAAUAACAAGAUGACAAAGGAAGAACAAUCGUUUAGAGAGAGAUUUAUGUACACUAAAGAAAUCAUGGUAAUUAAUACCGCAGUCGCACAUUGCUCAAACACUCCUGCCAGAGGAAACCUUGACUUGAGGAUCUCACCUGGAGAACAACUUGAAGUUAUAGACAUCACUGAAGGGAAUCAACUGAUAUGUCGAAAUUCUGAAGGCAAAUAUGGGUAUGUGCUAUUAGAACACUUGAAUUUUAGGAACUAGCGCUGUACAUCUGAAGGCCAACACAUGUUACAGAGGAAUGUUGUAUGAGGAAUAUAGUGAAAAUAAGCAUCUGUAAAAACCUUUCUUGCUUGGCAGAGAAAACAAAAAUGGAGUUGUUGAUGGCACACUAAGUCUGGAUUCUUAGGAAGCUACUUUUUGGAAUGAUCAUCAUAAAAGUGACAGUGUUUUUUUUUUUU